CGCAGGGGCCCCAGAGCUGAGAGAGGCUGCCCUCGGGCCUCCAGCCAUGCUGUUCUCCGGGCUGCUGUUGCUGCUGCUGCUGGCCCUGCUGGCCGCUGCCCGCCUGCUGUGGCGCCUAUGGGCCCUCAGGACUCUGCACCUCCCGCCUCUUGUUCCCGGCUUCCUGCACCUCCUGCAGCCUAACCUUCCCAUCUACCUGUUUGACUUAUCUCAGAAAUUCGGGCCUGUCUACAGGCUCCGCCUGGGGCUACAAGAGGUGGUGGUACUGAACUCCAAGAGGGCCAUUGAGGAGGCCAUGGUCAAGAAGUGGGUGGACUUUGCCGGCAGACCUCAGACCACGUCCUUUAAGCUGGUGUCCCCUGACAACCAGGACCUGUCCGUAGGGGACUACUCCCCACUCUGGAGGGCCCACAAGAAGCUCGCCCGCUCGGCCCUACUGCUGGGUAUCCGAAGCUCCAUGGAGAGCCUCGUGCAGGAGGUGACCCAGGAGUUCUGUGACCGCAUGAGCGCCCAGGCCGGCGCCCCCGUGGCUGUCCAUAAGGAAUUCUCCCUGCUCACCUGCACCAUCAUCUGCCAUCUCACCUUCGGUGACAAGGAGGACUCCCUGGUGCGUGCCUUUCACGACUGUAUCCAGGACUUGUUAAGCACCUGGGACCACUGGUCCAUUCACAUCUUGGACGUUGUUCCCUUUCUCAGGUUCUUCCCCAACCCGGUGCUGUGGAGGCUGAAGCGGGCCUUGGAGAGAAGGGACAGGAUGGUGAGGGAGCAGCUGAGGCAGCACAAGGACAGCCUGGUGGCCAGCCGGUGCAGGGACAUGACAGACUACAUGCUGCACGGGAUGAAGCGGCAGGUCUCGGAGGAGGGGAGCGAGGGGCAGCUCCUCGAAGGCCACGUGCACAUGGCCAUGGUGGACCUGUUCAUCGGGGGCACGGAGACCACAGCGACCACUCUUUCCUGGGCAGUGGUGUAUUUGCUUCACCACCCUGAGAUGCAACGGCAACUGCAGGAGGAGCUGGAUCGAGAGCUGGGCCCCAGCGCCUCCAACUCCCGCGUCAAGUACAAGGACCGUGCGCGGCUGCCCUUGCUCAACGCCACCAUCGCCGAGGUGCUGCGCCUGCGCUGCUCGGUGCCCCUGGCCUUGCCCCACCGCACCACGCGGAGCAGCAGCAUCCUGGGCUACGACAUCCCCAAGGACACGGUGGUCAUCCCGAACCUCCUGGGCGCCCACCUCGACGAGACCGUCUGGGCGCGGCCGCAAGACUUCUGGCCCCAGCGCUUCCUCGAGCCGGGCGCGUGCCCCCGAGAACUGGCCUUUGGCUGCGGCGCGCGCGUGUGUUUGGGGGAGCCCCUGGCGCGCCUCGAACUCUUCGUGGUGCUGGCCCAGCUGCUCCGCGCCUUCACGCUGCUGCCGGCCCACGGCGCCCUGCCCUCGCUGCAGCCCCGGCCCCCCGGCGGCGUCACCCUCGGGGUGCAGCCCUUCCACGUGCGGCUGCUGCGCCGGCGCCCGGAGCCCGAAGAGCGCGCGUGA